AUGACACCGAGCAAGAGCAACACAUUCACACUGGUCUUAUCAGAUGGUAGAACGCUUGCGUACGAGACCUAUGGAGUUUGCCACCCAAAUCAAUCCACAUCCACCGCAUUCUACUUCCACGGCCUCCCCGGCUCUCGACUCGAAGCCGCCGCCGCCGCCUCUCAUGUCACUCGAGUAAACCUGCGCAUCAUUUCCAUCGACCGACCAGGCUUCGGUCUAUCCACCCCGCGUCCAGGGCGGAUACUCCUCGACUGGCCCAAAGACGUCGCCGAGCUCGCCGACCAUCUCGGCCUGGAGAAGUUCCAUCUGCUGGGCGUCAGCGGCGGAGGUCCGUACGUCUUCGCCUGCCUCAAGGAGAUUCCCGAGCGGAUUAUCAACGCCGCUGUGGUAUGCUCCGCCUGGCCUUUUGAUCUCGGAACGGCGGGUAUGCGCUGGGCCACGUGGUUCUUGCUGAAGACUGCGUCGGUCUCAUGGCUCCAGGGUGUUGUAGCCUUCCUUUUGGAUUGGGAGAUGGGCGACCUGGCACGAGAGACCGAGCACCCUGAACGCUUCGUCGACGCAUUCAUGAAAGCGAUGUCUGCGCCUGAUCGUCCCGCAGCGGACGCCGAGGUCUUGCAAGACGAAGUCCUCCGCGCUCAAGUCAUCGCCGCCACGCGGGAGGCCUUCCGACAAAGCAGUAUCCAUAGUGCUUGGGAAGCAGGACUGUACGACGAUUGGAAGUUCCAGCUCAGUGACUUGGACUUCAAAGGACGUCUGGAGAUUUGGCACGGGAGGUUGCAUGUCAAUGUCCCCGUGGCGAUGGCGGAGAAGGCCGCCGCUCGAAUGCCCUGGGCGACGUUGCAUCUCGUUGAGGACGUAGCGCAUUUGAGUCUGCCUGCGCGGUAUUUGCGUGAGAUUCUCUCUUCUCUUGUAGGGGUACAGACGAGCUCGGCAGCUGUUUGCAUGAGCAAUGUAGACUGA